CCCGGGGCCCGGCCGCGUCAUGGCCGCCGACAGCAGCAAGCAGUUCUGGAAGCGGAGCGCCAAGCUACCGGGCAGCAUUCAGCCUGUCUACGGAGCCCAGCACCCGCCACUGGAUCCCCGGCUUACUAAAAACUUCAUCAAGGACCGCUCCAAGGUCAACGCACUGCCCCUGAAGAGCAAGAAGGCCUCUAGCUUCCAUGAGUUUGCCCGCAACACCAGUGAUGCCUGGGACAUUGGCGAUGAUGAAGACGAAGACUUCUCCUUCCAGACCCUGAACUCAAAAGUGGCCAAAGCCACAGCAGCCCAGGUCCUGGAGAACCACAGCAAGCUGCGGGUGAAGCCCGAGCGGACCCCAUCUGCACUGAACGAGAUGCCAACCAACUGUAAAGUCAUCAAAUCCAGCAGUGAAGCCCAGCUCUCCAGAACAUCUGAGGACACCUGUGUGCGGAACCCACUCCACAAACAGCAGUCCCUCCCACUCAGGCCCAUCAUCCCGCUUGUCGCCCGCAUCUCUGACCAAAAUGCCUCAGGGGCUCCUCCGAUGACUGUGCGAGAGAAAACCCGUCUGGAGAAGUUCCGGCAGCUCCUGUCCAGCCACAACACGGACCUGGAUGAGCUGAGGAAGUGCAGCUGGCCCGGUGUGCCCAGGGAGGUCCGGCCCGUGACAUGGCGGCUCCUGUCGGGCUACCUCCCCGCCAACAUGGAACGGCGGAAGCUGACUUUGCAGCGUAAACGGGAGGAGUACUUCGGCUUCAUUGAGCAAUAUUACGAUUCCCGGAACGAGGAGCAUCAUCAGGACACCUACCGGCAGAUCCACAUCGACAUUCCAAGGACCAACCCUCUCAUUCCACUCUUCCAGCAGCCACUAGUCCAGGAGAUCUUUGAAAGAAUUCUGUUCAUCUGGGCCAUCCGACACCCAGCCAGCGGCUACGUCCAGGGAAUAAAUGACCUGGUCACUCCAUUCUUUGUCGUGUUCCUCUCCGAAUAUGUUGAGGAGGACGUGGAGAACUUUGACGUGACGAAUCUGUCGCAGGAUGUGUUACGCAGCAUUGAGGCCGACAGCUUCUGGUGCAUGAGCAAGCUACUGGACGGGAUACAGGACAACUACACCUUUGCACAGCCAGGGAUCCAGAAGAAGGUCAAAGCACUGGAGGAGCUGGUGAGCCGGAUCGAUGAGCAGGUACACAAUCACUUUAGGAAGUACGAAGUUGAAUACCUGCAGUUUGCCUUUCGCUGGAUGAACAAUCUACUAAUGAGGGAGCUCCCUCUGCGCUGCACCAUCCGCCUCUGGGACACCUACCAGUCAGAGCCGGAAGGAUUCUCCCAUUUCCACCUGUACGUCUGUGCCGCCUUCUUGAUCAAGUGGCGGAAGGAGAUCCUAGAUGAGGAGGACUUUCAGGGUCUUCUCAUGUUAUUACAAAACCUACCCACAAUACAUUGGGGCAAUGAAGAGAUCGGCCUCCUCCUCGCUGAAGCCUACAGACUCAAGUACAUGUUUGCGGAUGCCCCCAAUCACUACCGCCGAUAGGUGCCAGGACUCGGCCCCUCCCCCACACCCGGCCCCUUCUUCUGGCCCGAUCUAAUCACUGUGGCAUUUUGUCGUGGAAGUCCUCAGACACUGGCCAGGAGCCACUGCUCACUGUAUAAAGCUCCCAUCGACUUGUCUUAACUCUCAGUGUGCCUGCCUGCCACUCCGUGCACGUGGAUGUGCCACUCCAGUUACCAUCAGUAUUUCAUACCGUGCCAGUGGCCUGAGUCUGGGGAGGAGCAGAAAAGGAGGCAGGAGGGGGCAGUUCCUGCAGCUUGAAGACUAAACUGAGCCGAGGACUGGAAGGCCCCAGGCCUGGUCCAGCUGUGACCGACUGUCUUAGCCUUGCUGACUCUUGUUAACCCACUCAAGCACAGACACCCCAUCCCCGCACGCAGCACUCCCCCAGCUGGGUCCAUUCCCUCUUCAGAUGCCGUUCAAUCCAGCUCCCAGAUGAAAAUGCCUUACCAGAGACUCGCCCUGGCUGGAAGCCUUUUCAGCGGAUGGCCACGCUGUAGGACACAAGCAGCUCUCAGAGCCUCGCUUUGCUCCACAUGUCUGAAGAAUCGCAGCACUUCAAGGGUUAACAAGAGACACACUCACACUCCCUUCCCGUGCAGCACGCCAACACGUGUGUGGCAUGAGUACGCAUGUUUGGGGGAGGGGGGAAUGGCUGACCCACCCGCGCGCAGUCCUGGAUGACGUGCGUCAACUCCUGUGAAUAAUCAGUCGAAUCUGCUGUUGGCACAGCCCCUCCAGGGCAGGGGAGGGUGGAGGGGCUGUGCCACUGGAAACCCCCUUCCCAUGACGACACUCCUCCUCCAAGGCGUUCUGUGUAUAUGGUGUUCUUGUGUAUAUGGGUAUCAGAUGUACAAUAUACGUCCUCUGUUUGUAGCA